GCGCCUGGCGGGAGCGGAGCGGGUUCGGCACCAACCGGGACGGGCCGGGACCAGCCGCCUCCGGGACAUGGAGGGCGUGCGGCCGGGCGGGGGGCCCCCCGCGGGCGGGCCGGGGUCCGGCUCGGGGUCCGGGUCCUUCCCGUCGCUGUUCCCGCCGGGGUUGCACGGUAUCUACGGCGAGUGCCGCCGCCUCUAUCCCGACCAGCCCAACCCGCUCCAGGUCACCGCCAUCCUCAAGUACUGGUUGGGAGGGCCUGACCCUCUGGACUAUGUUAGCAUGUACAGAAACCUGGGAAACCUAGCACUGAAUGUUCCUGAGCACUGGCACUACGUCAGCUUUGGGCUAAGUGACUUGUAUGGAGACAACAGAGUACAUGAGUUUACAGGAACAGAUGGACCGAGUGGUUUUGGGUUUGAGCUGACAUUCCGACUGAAGAGAGAGACAGGGGAGUCAGCACCACCCACCUGGCCAGCAGAGCUGAUGCAAGGCUUGGCCAGAUACGUCUUCCAGUCAGAGAACACCUUUUGCAGUGGUGACCAUGUGUCGUGGCACAGCCCUUUGGACAACAGUGAGUCUCGAAUCCAGCACAUGUUGCUGACAGAAGACCCCCAGAUGCAGCCGGUGCAGACUCCUUUUGGGGUCGUUACUUUCCUACAGAUUGUUGGGGUUUGCACUGAGGAACUGCAUGCAGCUCAGCAGUGGAAUGGUCAAGGGAUUCUGGAACUGCUUCGGACUGUCCCGGUAGCUGGAGGUCCCUGGCUGAUAACAGACAUGCGAAGAGGAGAGACCAUAUUCGAGAUUGACCCACAUCUGCAACAGGAGAGAGUUGACAAAGGGAUUGAGACAGAUGGCUCAAACCUGAGUGGAGUGAGUGCCAAAUGUGCCUGGGAUGACCUGAGCCGGCCACCAGAGGAUGAUGAAGACAGCAGGAGCAUUUGCAUUGGGACCCAGCCUCGGCGGCUCUCUGGGAAAGAUACAGAGCAAAUCAGGGAGACUUUGCGGAGAGGGCUUGAAAUUAACAGCAAACCUGUCCUACCUCCAAUCAAUGCACAAAGACAGAAUGGGUUGAACCUCGACCGAGCACCAAGCCGUAAGGACAGUUUGGAAAGCGAGAGCUCAGCAGCCAUCAUUCCUCAUGAGCUGAUCCGCACAAGACAGCUGGAGAGUGUGCACCUGAAAUUUAACCAGGAGUCCGGAGCGCUCAUCCCUCUCUGUCUAAGGGGAAGGCUCUUACAUGGACGGCACUUUACAUAUAAAAGUAUUACAGGAGAUACAGCAAUCACAUUUGUAUCAACAGGAGUAGAAGGAGCCUUUGCCACAGAGGAGCACCCCUAUGCAGCCCACGGACCUUGGUUACAAAUCCUAUUGACCGAAGAGUUCGUAGAGAGAAUGCUGGAAGAUUUAGAAGAUCUGAAUUCUCCAGAGGAAUUUAAACUUCCAAAGGAGUACAGCUGGCCUGAAAAGAAACUGAAAGUUUCCAUCUUGCCAGAUGCCGUGUUCGACAACCCACUGCAUUAGAGCUGAAUUACACUAUUCUAACAACUGGGAGAGCCAAGUUACUGUCCAUUACCCAGUGACUCACAGGAUAAUUAAUGCAGUAAAAACUCUGCCUGCAAAUAAAAAGAGUUUGCUGCACAACCACUGCAAACAGAAGAGGAGCUACUCAGCACCAGCCCAGACCGAACUGAGCCCUUUCCUUUAUCCUUCCUAAGGCUGAACUCUCUGGGAGCAGCCUGCGUAUGUGUGAGUGCGAGUGAGAAAUAUUUAACUAUGAAAAUUAGUAGUAAGAAUCCUUUCUCUCUCCUAGCUGCAGAACUCCCCUCUGCCUUAGCCCAGGGUGUAGACACUCUGCACGCCUGUAUUUACACAUACAUUUCUGCCAGGUGCGAGCCUAUAAUCCAUGGAUUAAAUGUUCUUUACGUGA